AUGCACCUCAGAAGGAUAAAAGGGAUGUUAAUGAUCAAUGUUCUGGCUAUAGCUGCUGGUCUGCUGAUGGGUCUUUGCCAGAUGUGGAAGCCCCACAUCAUGGUCAUUGCAGGCCGCGCUGUUAUGGGCUUUUACUGUGGUUUAUCCUCUGGCCUAGUACCCAUGUACAUCGGCGAGAUUGCACCCAAGGAUUACAGAGGGGCUCUGGGAACAAUCCACCAGCUGGGUGCUGUCAUCGGCAUCCUCAUCAGCCAGAUAGUAGGCUUGGACUUUGUGCUUGGAAACGACACCAUGUGGCCCCUGUUGCUUGGUCUGUCUGGAGCUCCGGCCGUAUUACAAUCCGUUCUGCUGCUGGUAUGCCCUGAGAGCCCGCGGUACCUUUACAUCGUACUGGGCAAGAAGCAACAGGCUCGACUGAGUCUACUUCGUCUAAAGGGGGCGUAUGAUCCAGCUGAGGAUCUGGAGGAGAUGAGGAGAGAGAAAGAGGAGGCAGACAAGGAGCCGAGGAUCUCUAUCUUUUCUCUGAUCGCCUCCUCUGUGUACAGACGGCAGUUGUUUGUUGCUCUCAUGAUGCACCUCUCCCAACAGUUUUCUGGCAUCAACGCAAUCUUUUAUUACUCUACGAGUAUCUUCGCUGGAGCUGGUGUCGGUCAGCCGGUGUACGCCACCAUCGGAGUCGGAGUCAUCAACACAAUUUUCACUCUGGUGUCUGUUGCAUUAGUGGACAAGGCUGGCAGGCGCACUCUGUCGAUGGCAGGCCUCGGAGGGAUGUGCUGCUGUGCUAUUGCCAUGACAGUUGGCCUGAAAUUCCAGAAUGACUACUCAUGGAUGAGCUACGUCAGCAUGGCAGGCAUCUUCCUCUUUGUGAGUUUCUUUGAGAUUGGCCCUGGACCCAUCCCAUGGUUCAUAGUGGCUGAACUGUUCAGCCAGGGUCCUCGGCCUGCAGCCAUCGCCCUCGCCGGCUGCUGUAACUGGACCAGCAACUUCAUCAUUGGCAUGACCUUUCCCUAUAUACAGGAGUGGAUGGGUUGCUACGUGUUCAUCCUGUUUGCUGUGCUGCUUCUCGGCUUCACGGUGUUUACCUACUUUCGUGUCCCCGAGACCAAGGGCAAAAGUUUUGAGGAGAUCGCGAUUGUCUUCCAAAAGGGACGUCGGACCGACAAAGGCAAUACUGAACUGCAGCAGCUCAAAACAUCGUCAGAUGCUUAAAAAAGCAGCUAUUUUCUUGUGUAGUCUCUUUGUGCAAUAUUGCAAGGAUGUAUCGGUCAGUAUUUCAAAUGUGUGCAUGCACGUUUAUCCGCUUACACGGGGAGUUUAAGGCAAAGUAAAGUUUUUUUUACACAGGAAAGGACGGCAUUUUAUUCACAAUGUAAAUACACGCAAAAACCAACACAGCAGUGACCUGAAAUAUCGUGUUUUCGUUAAUAUGGAUAAUAUUAAUAUGGAGUGAUGUUUACAUUUAAUAAAAAUAUCAACUUUUAUUGCAGUAUUGUGGUUUGGUUGUCAUAAGAGGCUAUAAUAAACAAAUUCCACAUUA